CACCAUCACCAUCUCAUAUCGAUGGGGUGCGUCUAUCCCUAUCUCCGAUGACUCGGAAUCCCUCCCGGGCUUCCUGUGCUCAUUCGACCGCUCUCGCCUGGCCUGUGGCGCGCCGAACAUUAGGCAUCCUGCCCAUCCCUCGGAAACCGUCCGCCUAUCGAAGAGGAUCCGGCAGAUGCGUAAUGCCUUCAGACUACCGCCUUACGUGUCAAGCGGUGCGAAGACAUGACUCUUGCAUACCACAUCGCACCAGCCGACGGUCGCAGCAGAUCGAUGAGACGCUGUGUCGACGCAGCAUUCCCACUCGUAUGGUUGUCGAUCGAGCUGCUGCUGCUACUGCUGCAGAAACCGUCCAUACGGCCGGCUAGCCCGAACCGUUGUGCUUGCCCGAUUCAACCAGCAAGAUGCUGCCGAUUCAUUGCUGCGCAUGCCACCAAUCCGGGCUCGGCCAGAGGGCUCCCCGAACGCACGCUCGACGGAAUACGAGCGACCGCCUCCGCUGGAGCGGGCUCCUUCUCUGGUGCCCCCUCCGCCUUCGCUGGAACGUAUCCUUCUCUGGUGCCCUCUGCCUUCACUGGUGCGCCUCCUUCUUUGAUAUCCUCCGCCUUUUAUUGGAAAGCCCCCAUCUCUGGUGCCCUCCGACUCCGCCGACACAAUACCCACGUAAGUAUCUUACGGUACCUGUGUGUCGUCCAACACGUCCAAGCCACCAACAGCCAGGGCGUGGAUAAGCAAACAGGCAGGCAGGCAGUCGAAAGGGAGGCUAUCGUUACACUCGCAAAGCCUGCCUUAUGCAUCCUUCCCUUCCUUCCAUUCCUCAUCGUCCUCCCUUCCAUUCCUUCCAAUCCUCCUCCUCUGCUCCUCCUCUGCUCCUUUUCCUCCCUUUCCUCCUUUUCUUCCUCCUCUUCCUCAUCAUCCUCAUCUUCUUGAUCUUCCUCCUCCUCCUCCUUCUCAUCAUCCUCAUCUUCUUGAUCUUC